CCCGCAGGCCCCGCCCCGCUCCCGUGAGCUGAACACCCCAUAUCCGGGUUCCCGCCGCUGCCGCCCCGCUCAUUCAGCCUGACCGGGAGUGGUGUGGUUCCCGACCAAAAUGGCGACCGUGGGGCGAGUCGGCUCGUUCGGUUCCUCUCCACCGGGAUUAGCCUCGGCUUAUACCAGCGGCCCCUUGGCCAACGAACUCGCGUCGGGCAACGGCGGCGCUGCAGCCGGCGACGACGAGGACGGGCAGAAUCUUUGGUCCUGCAUCCUCAGCGAGGUCUCCACCCGCUCGCGCUCCAAGCUCCCGGCGGGGAAGAACGUGCUGCUGCUAGGUGAAGAUGGAGCUGGAAAAACAAGCUUAAUAAGAAAAAUUCAGGGAAUAGAGGAGUACAAGAAAGGAAGAGGAUUGGAAUAUUUGUACUUAAAUGUACAUGAUGAAGACAGGGAUGAUCAAACAAGAUGUAAUGUAUGGAUCUUAGAUGGAGACCUUUAUCACAAAGGGCUCCUUAAAUUUUCAUUGGAUGCCAUGUCUCUGAAGGACACUCUAGUUAUGUUUGUCGUUGAUAUGUCAAAGCCUUGGACUGCUUUGGAUUCUUUACAGAAGUGGGCAAGUGUUGUUAGAGAACAUGUUGACAAAUUGAAAAUCCCUCCUGAAGAGAUGAAAGAAAUGGAACAAAAGCUGAUUAGAGACUUCCAAGAAUAUGUAGAGCCAGGAGAAGACUUUCCAGCCUCUCCUCAGAGAAGAAACACCGCAUUGCAGGAAGACAAAGACGACAGUGUAGUUUUACCUCUGGGUGCAGAUACACUUACACAUAACUUGGGCAUUCCAGUCCUUGUAGUUUGCACAAAGUGUGAUGCCAUUAGUGUAUUGGAGAAAGAACAUGACUACAGAGAUGAACAUUUCGAUUUUAUCCAGUCACACAUCCGGAAGUUUUGUUUACAGUAUGGUGCAGCACUUAUUUACACUUCAGUAAAAGAAAAUAAAAAUAUAGACUUAGUAUAUAAAUACAUCGUUCAGAAACUAUAUGGAUUUCCUUAUAAGAUUCCUGCUAUUGUUGUGGAAAAGGAUGCAGUAUUUAUUCCAGCAGGGUGGGAUAAUGAUAAGAAAAUAGGAAUAUUACAUGAAAACUUUCAAACAUUGAAAGCAGAAGAUAAUUUUGAAGACAUCAUAACUAAACCACCUGUCCGAAAGUUUGUGCAUGAGAAGGAAAUUAUGGCAGAAGAUGAUCAAGUAUUUCUUAUGAAGUUACAGUCCCUUUUAGCAAAGCAGCCACCAACUGCAGCUGGAAGGCCUGUGGAUGCCUCACCAAGAGUCCCUGGAGGCUCGCCUAGAACACCAAACAGAUCUGUGUCAUCCAAUGUUGCCAGUGUGUCACCCAUCCCUGCUGGGUCAAAAAAAAUUGAUCCAAACAUGAAAGGUAUAUCUCUUUCUUAGAGAAAAUAACACAAU